AUGAAUUACGUGAGAUCUCUGACGGGAACCGUCUCCAAGGGCUGGAACUCAAUCAACCCCGCCACCCUCAGCGGCGCCAUCGACACCAUCGUCGUCGAGCACCAAGAUGGCAGCCUGGCCUGCUCGCCCUUCCACGUCCGCUUCGGCAAGUACCAGAUACUGCGCCCCUCGGACAAGAAGGUCGAGUUCCGCGUCAAUGGCGAGUUGCAGGACUACUCGAUGAAGCUGGGCGAGGGCGGCGAGGCCUUUUUUGUCUUCGAGACAUCGCACAACAUUCCCGCAGAGAUGCAGACGUCGCCCAUAGCCUCGCCCGCUGCCAGUCCAGAGCAACAGGCUGCCGAAAUGGCCUCGGACCGCCCCCUCGACGAGCCCGAGCCGCUUGAUCUCGACGGCACCGGUGUCGCAACCAGGAGAGGCCGCAUGUCCAUGUCCAUGCCACCCGUCGACAACAUGCAUGCCGACGACUCGGAAUACGACCGCCCCAAGUCGGGCGACUGGUCGGGCUUCCAUAUGCACAGAGCCAGCACCGACGUGACGAUGCCCUCGGUCAAGGACGGCUUUGCCAAAACCUUUGACGCCUCGCAGCCACAAGAGAGGGGGCCUCUGCAGAUCAGCAUGGGUGCCCUGCUCUUCUCCUCGUCCGGCUGGUUUCGCACCUCCUGCCUGGUCUUCGCUCUCUUCUGGGUCGCUUUCCGCGCCUACCAAGUCCUCACCCAGCCCGUCGAGAAGCUGGUCCAGGUCCUCGGCCUCGAAGUCCCCGUCGCCCCGCUCGUCUCGCUCGCUGGCAUCAAGGCCGACGGACUUCUUUUGCACUGGAAGCCCCCCGACCAGCGCACCUCGGUCCUGAAAUAUGUCAUUCGCAUCAACGGCAUCGACAUUGGCGACAUAUCGCCCCAGGAGUCGUCCAUCACCAUUGAAAACCUCCAGCCUGACCACCACUACACAAUUCGCAUCGUCACGCUCAACUCGUCGAGCUUCCAGGCCCCCAGCGUCCCCAUCCGCCUCCGAACAUUGCCCGCCGACUCGGACGACUUUUACGGCCCGCAUCCUCCCAAAGAUGCCCCAACCCCCGCCGACGACAAUGACUACACCCCCACCCCAAUCAUCCGCCCCAACAAGUCCCUCGCCGACGUGGUUACCUCCGUCGCCGCGCCCCCCAUGACGCGCGAGCACAGCAACAGCACUUCUCGCAUGAGGCGCCCGGAUAUCGGCAGGCGGCCCUCGCCCGCGUCGCAUGAGCAGGGGCGAGCUCCUCAGGAGCCAGAAGGCCCAGAUUCUAUUCGCCAGCUGACGGAAAAGUUGGACGGCCUUCGCCGUGAGCUCGACGACAUGGAGCGUCAGAUCCAGGAUGAAGACCAGGAAUUCAUUACCCAAAAAGCAAUCCUCACAGACAAGCGUGACGAGAAGAAGGCUGCACUCAAGGAAAAGGAGGAUGCCAGCCGAGAUUUGCGCAAAGAAGUAGCCAGCCUUGAGCGCCAAAAUGCCGCCGCCCAGACCAAGCGCGCUCACCAAGAGAAGAUCUUCCGACAGAAAGAAACAGAGAGGAAGAAGCUCAAGGACGAUGUUGCCAAGUGGACUCGCGAAGCAGUUGAACUCCGCGAGACGGCUGAGAAGAUGAAGAAGGAGCAGGCCGAGUACCAAGCCGCGUCCGAAAAGCGCAUCCAGGAACUCAAGGAAAAAUACGCAGAGGAAACCCAGGCCAACAAGCUCUUGGAGGAUGCUAUCCGCGAGAAGGGAACCCACAUCAAGGCCCUCGAAGAGGAAAGAAAGAAGCUGGAAGCAGGCCAGGAGGGCGCAGAAGCGCCAGACGGCCCCGACAACGCGGAAAAGGAAGAGGACAACCGAUGGAAGAUGACUCUUGGUUUGCUGCAACAGCAGUAUGCCCAGGCCUGGGCUCUAUACGCCGAAGCCGAGAGGGCUCAUCAAGACGCAGCCACUAGGUUGGCGUACAUGCAGCAACGUCGUUUGAGCCAGCCCCAGCUCUUCUCAGGACCAUCGAUCCCCGAAAUGGGCCCAGUCAGGCGGAACAGUCAACGAGCUCGACCACUCAGUAUGCGCGAAGGCCUGCUUUCGGCCGCCACGGGAGGCUUUGUCCAUACUUCUUCAGCACCCUUUAACAGCAUUCCAACGACCGCCUCGCCUUCGUUUGCCAAUCCAACUCCUUACUUCAACCCGGUAAACGGCAUGGCCUUGCCUCCUCGCACGUACAGCACUUCGUUUUCGCAAACCGACUUGGAUAGCUUGACUGGAGGAGCGCCCAUGAGCCCCACGGCCGGUGCUUUACUUCCAGCAGGCCUGUUCGGAGACGACCUGGGGCUGACCGAAGACGAAGACGAUGAUCCAGGUCCGCCUCAGGCCCCUUCUUCUCACAAUCCUUCACCGCACAUGAGGAAUGUCCUACCUGGCCUUGGCGCCCCUGGCACAAUGCGCUCUGCACAAAAUUCAAGCCUGCCAGCUUCACCACGAAGCCAGUCUCCUCCUGCCUUUGCUAGCCCGAGGGAGAGUGCCGGCGACCUAUCAAUCCAGCCAAGUAAUGACUUCAAUGUGGACAGCGAUAAACGCUCUAUUCACUCCACGUCGAGCUCGUUCCAAAUGAACCCCCAGACCAGUCGGUUCGGCGGACUCUUUGGGCUCAAUCGGGCGCGCGGCAAGACAUUUUCAGACGAGGGCCCUGCUUUGGGAUCACUGAAGCCGUCACAGAGCCAAUCACUUCCUCGCCAAGAGCACGGCCUGGAUGGGCUGGGGGCUCCACAUCGCCGGGGCAGCCAUUCAGAAGGCUCAUGGUAUGAUGCAUUCAUCCGCACCAAGACGCAGCCCAUCGAGUCCACCAAUAGUCCGAAACAUGUAGCUACUCGAAAGCGCCCUUUCAACAUGUUUGGCAGUGCAAAGGGGGAUGAUCCCUGGCUGCGCUCCAUGCUGGGCAUGCAUCAGAGGCCAGAAUCACCCCGCCAGGGCUCGAUAAACUCGGGAGAAGGCACGGCUCUGCCGAGACCUUCAACAGAAAGCCAGACGCGGUUUGGUUGGAAUGUGGAUGCCUUUGGCGCCAGAGCCAGCCCUCUCGGAGUGGAUUGGAGUGUCAACAACACCAACACGGCCUCAUGGUCUCGAUUAGGAUCUCGUCGGCCCUCCGUGCAGCAUGGGCCUGGCGCCAACUUGAUCAACGAAGAUAUCAUGCAUGACGACGUCUUGGACUUUCCUUCAAACACGCGCUCGCCUACUCAGGCGCCAAUUGGCACCCGGCCGCAGUCGUCUGCCUCUCAUAUGCCGGGCCAGCCUUCGGGCUCGUCUCUUCCACCGAUUCCGCCCACCCCACCGAAGCAACUCAACCCAGCAGCGGCAAGCUUCACCAUGUUCCAGCUGGGCAAGAAGACUGAAGAAGACAGGGCCGAAAAGGCCAAACGGGCUGCAGAAAAGGCAGCCGAGAAGGAGGCCAAAAAGGCGGAAAAGGCGGAAAAGAAAGAGGAGAAGGACAAGAAGGCCAAGGCGGACAAGGCUGAGAAAGCGUCACGCAAGGACAAGCAUACUCCUUCGGAGGCUGGCGACUCCCGCGAAGCGACUUCUCCACGCUUGGACUCGCGCAUGUCGCGCGACACUCCCUCCAUCUCCACUGUCGACGUAUCUGAGACCUCUCCAUGUGAAACCCUCGAGCGCAGCGUUUCGUAUACUGCUUCAGAUGCUGCAGGCUCAAUAGGCAAAGAGUCGUUCAUGCAGAAACUGACGCGCAAGGGCAGCACCAACCAAUUCCUGACUUUUGGCAAAAAAAGUGGCCUCUUCUCUAAGAGCAAGGCUGGCGACAUACCCGGAACUCCAGACGAAGUGGAAGAGGAAGGCUCGGGCGGCUUCUUUGGUCUGGGCAAAAGCUCAGACAGUGUAGGCAACAGUCCAAGCAUUGGUACUUCCAAAGACAAGGCCAGUAUGUGGGGAUCUAUCAAGCGAAUUGGUAAGAAGGAUAAGACGCCGAGCUUGCAUGAGAGCAUCACUAGUGAAGCAACUGGGGACGAGGAGGAUAUGGUUGCUGAACAUGACAAGGUAUAGUCUUUGCACAGCGAAUUCUUUCGAGUAAAGUCAGCAUUUCCAAUACCAAUGCAGUGC